CUCUCUAGUGACUCUAGCCAGUUGUGAACCGGUUUGUAGAAGUUGUUUCUGUGUGACUGUUUUCUGUGCAGAGUUGAGUGUGGUGUUCACAUAUUUUCCUGUUUUGGCACAUCUAUUUUUCGAAAAUUUACGUUGUAUUUUCAUAACAUUGUUAUCGGUGAAAAAAAUAUUUGAAAAGAAUGUUACAGUACAGCUGUUGAGUUUUACGCCAUUUCACCUGUAUACUUUUACUUACCUACACUUGAUUUUCAAGCAGAUUCGCCGAUUUCGCAAUGUUCGUGCUCAAUAUCUUUCAGAUAGCAAUACCCACAUAUUACAACAAUGAAUACUAAACGCGAGGCCCCGGAAUCCGACGACGAACCUCUGAAUAAACGCCGUAAAAUCGACGUAGACGAAGUCUGUGAAAAGAUACCAAUUUGUUGUACUCCAGCGCCGUUGAAACAAUUAUCAGCGAUGAUCGUAUCAUUGGCAAUCUGGUGCCAUUAUAAAAUUCGAUCGUGUAAAGAUCGGGGUUACGCUGCCAUCAACUACGACGUUAGAAUGGUUACAUACGACGGCGAAUCGUUCAUUCAAGUUCCUCCCUAUCGAGCUGCAGCCGAUUACGAAAACGACGAUCAACCCGUUAUGAAACCUAUUCGAGAUUCGAUUGAAACUUUAUCUCUUCCGACACCCUUAGCCAACAUAGUCUUGUAUCAAUGCAAAAUACGAGAACGUGAAUUACGUCUGUGGGCGUUUCGUCAUAAACGCUUGAUCUCGUUGGAAUCAUUCAGCUCUGAAGAUAUUUUCUGGAAUACCAACGGGUACAUUGAUUAUUUGAAAACGGUUCGAAAUGUGUUAUCGUCGUCCAAACUUGAUACACUUGAGAAGUUCGAGUUGAUGAGCGAGUAUUGUUUGAAAGAUGAUAUCGAAUCUUUGCCGAUGUGGAUUUUAUAUCUAGAAUAUGUAAAGAAAUGGACUUUUUAUCAAAAUCCUAAGCAAGUUUAUUGGAGAUGUUGUUUGCAAGGUAAUCUACAUACGAUCGAAUCUUGGCUUGCUUAUAAUAGUCAAUAUGCAUCGCUGGAUACCAGAAUGUUAUUGUAUUGGGGCGUUUCCCAUAAUCAAUCUUCGCUCGAAUAUUUCUUCAACAAACUAAGUGACGCUGAUCGAGUGUCAGCAUCGAUUUCUCUAAUAUAUCGAGUUGAUUUCAGAUUCAAAACUGUCUUAGUAUUAUCAAAACUGAACGAAUUCGAAUACGAUCAAGUGCUGAAAAGUUGCGCUUACUUGAUUAUAAUGGACUUAGGAAGAUUCGUCGAAUACGAAAAUUACGUUUCGAACCUCUGGAUUAAUUAUAAAGAGCAAAUGAGCGAAUAUAAUUUCAUUGAAAUUAUCCUUUCGUUGUUUCGAUGUCCAAAAGUCGACCAAGACGCUCAAGAUCAUGUUGAUCGGUUACUAUUCGAUAUCUGGGAUACUUCGAUCGAUGCUAUGAAGGAAUAUUUGCUCGAGAAAAGAAGUGCUGCGUUUCUGAUAACUGAAAGUCGACGAUUCGAAUUUCUCAAGAAAAUAUUUAUCGAAACUAGUACUCAAAAGAGAAACGAAAUAGUCAAAUAUCCGGAGUUUCUCGUAUUUUGCACAUCUCUGAUCGAAACACACCAUUGGUUUGACUGCGAUUCGUUCAUCAAACUGUUUUUUCCAAACGACAAUAAAGUAUUAGAAUUCAAAGAGAACCUUCUACACAAUGUCGAAAUUGUAACAUACUGCAGAAAGUUAUUCCUCGAACAUGGAGUGGAAAGAUUACACGAUUUACUGACCAAGUUUUUACCAAAUUCCGGAUCUGUAUUAAAAUACAAAACUGAAUAUUUACUAUAUUCUUCGGUAUUUCUGAGAGAUUACUGUAUACUCGAAUUGAAAUCUAAUGGUAUCGAAAAGGUGGUCGAAUUGAUCGAUUACAAGUUUCCAGAUUCGCAAAAAGCAGCUGAUUUUUGUAUCAAAUUAAUGUCGCAAAGCAAAGUCGUCAAGAUGAUGUGUCAGUUCAUAAACGAAGGUAAAUUCGAUAAAACCAGGAAUAUGAUCGAUCAUCUGCUCGUUCGUACCGAAGAUGUUGACUCAGUCAAAAGGAAACUAUUAUCGGAGUACAAAAACUCCUUGAAAAUGGGUAAAUGUUUACACCUGAGAAAAGUCGAAUGGGAUGAGUUUUUGUCCUGGUGCUCGGAUUCUGCUAAGGAACAGCUGAAGAACUCGUUAAAAGUCGACGAUAUUUUUUCGAAGAUGUUGAACAGAGUGGUACCAUUCGCAAAAAAGAAAGAUUUUGAAAUUGAAUCGCGUUUAGAAGACAUUGAUUAUUUUCUAAGUUGGUAUUUUGAAACAAAGGAUAGAGUCGACGAGUAUAAACUUGAAAAGGUGCACGAGUAUCGAGAUAUUUUUAUGAAGAAAAUUAAUACGCAGAAGUUACGAGGAUUAUGUCUCAGAAAACUGGUCGUCGGAUGGUUUUUUAAUAGAAAUCAAAUUCUGAUAGAUGAUUUUUACGAAUAAAGCGAUGUUUUAAAAAUAAUUUGUUAAUUAGUUUUAAUUUUUUUUUUUAAAUUUAAGUUGUUUUUUAUAUGUUAUUUAUUUUUACGUACCUGCGUACUUACCUAUUACCUAUUUACGUACGUUCGUUAUCUAUUUUUAUUCUUACAUUAUAAAAUGUUAGAUUUUUUUGAAUUUUACCAUGAAUUUAGCGUUGUUAUUAUUUUAUCUCGGUUUCGUGUAGUAUCAAAUCGAAUUGCAUAAUAAAGUUGUGUGAAUUUGAGUUGGGUUUAA